AAUGCACCACAAACAAGCUCUGGAUAUGUAAAAGUGCAAAUAUAUAGAAUAUGACAUUUUUUCAGUAGCUUAACUCGUGAAAUUAACCUUAUGUUGGAAAAUAUGUCAUAGUUGAUUGGAGAUUUUUUUUUAAUGUAUGAAGCUGUUCUUUUGAAAGGCUCAUACAAGAACACUUCCCCUGUCACUAACACUUACGGAACAGUUCACUGUAAAACAUGGCAAAUAUUACCGACAAUGAUAGAACUGAAGUUAUCCUGUAUGAGAGAUGUCCAGAUACGAAUACAGCACCGCCGACACAUGAGAGCGCACAAAGCGACGCAACGAAGGAUAAAGCCAUUUCCGAUGUUUUGCGUGAGCUGAUUAACAGGCCACUCUUUAUUAAUCUUGGCUACUCAUCGUUCGGUUACAAUCCAACCACGCGACUUUUGACAGAUAUUGCCGACGACUGUGAAGUAGAAGUGGUUGGCAGUUCAAAAGACGGACUGAAAACGGCUCGAAUAUACGACGUCGGUGAUGUGGACAUGCUUGUGUAUGCAAAAGUCACGUUUGAUGCAACUGACGAGGCGUUAUUUGAAUACAGACCGGACAACCCUUUAUUUUUCCACAUACCCUUGUCGGACAAGUUUUCACAUCUUCCGCGAGUAGAAAACAAGUACUUGAAUGCAAGUGCUGUUAGAGGUUUUGACAAAAUACUUUUCGGAAACAAAAAACGAGAAUAUUCACCUUCGACAUUCCUAUUUCUGCCGACUAAUGUUGUUCGCUCGGACUUCAAAUGUGCAACAACUGGGAUUCUGUCUUAUGCUGAUCCGGUACAAACGAGUGAACAUGAAGCCGAAGAAAAUGCCAUUGACAACAGGCAUUUAUUUGCGUGGGAAACGGAACAUGUUUUGUUUGCAUAUGUUCUGCUUCAUAGUAACCUUGACAAAUUGGCAUUCGUUAGGGAACUUAUUUAUGGAGACAAGUCCGACAUGGAAACCGCUGGAAAAGUAAGCGAAACACUAAAAGAAAGGUUUGCACUAAUAAAACAAGACUUCCAAAGAACCAACUUCAAUAUCAGUGACUUGCUGUAUUUUUCAAGUGAUCAGUUUCAAAGCGUUCUUGAUAAAGCCUUUGACGAUGAUGUUUCCCGGACGGGCGACAGUUUGCUUGCAUCAACAGUAAAACCUCAUGGCGAGUACUCCGCAGAUAUAGUGCCGGCGAUUCGUUGUCGAUGUUGGCCAAGACGAGCAGAAUCGUUCAAAUAUCGGAUCCGAAUAUGGCCAUCAACACAAGUAAUUGAUGAAAUCAUUGAAGAAGGAUUUCGCGUUGUUCCAAAAACAUCGAUCCUGGAUCCCAUUGCCCUGAAAGAUUUCAUACUGUCGUUUUCUCACGCAGAUGUUAAACUUGUCCGAUUGCUACCUGAAGAAGCUAGGAUUGCGUAUCGACUCUUCAAGAUGUGCUACAAAAGCGCACAUGAUUGCUUGGAGGGACACAACUUGCUGAGGACAUAUCACCUGAAGCAAGCUCUUCUCUGGGUCGCCGAACAAAGACAACCAGAGUCCUGGAUUGAAAGUGGCCCUUUGUGUGGAAUGCGGUGGAUCAUCGAGUUUUUGAUUAUUUGUUUGAGGAAAAUGUUCUUUCCUUCAUUUUACGUGGAACAGAGCAACCACAUUUGUCACUUUUCAAAGGCUGACGCUGACGCACACAUUACACUUUUCACAAAGAUUAGUAGUAACCCAGCCAAUUUUGUUAAGAUUGUUAUUGACCAAGAAUGGGAAUACAUGAAAGCAACAGUUCCCGAGGACUCUUACAAGAAGAUUCGGGAUCCUUCAUACUUUGCUCAGUUCACAUGGUUGGAGCUGAUACGCUUUUAUUCAUAUGCGCAUGCAAGUCUUGAUGGAUAUUCAAUUGAUGACAUGGGUCAAAACAUGUCAAAGCUAAAAUCGGAGGAGCUGUACGAAAAGUACCUACACGACCCGUUCAACACAACGCCUCCUAACAACAUUCCUUUCACUUCCCCGUUCAUUGACAUCCAAUUGGAGCACGUUGAAAUAUUUUUGCAAACUGUAACCCAGAUGGAAAUCGAACUGUUCAACGUCUUAGACUACCCCAUAGAUGACGAAAUCAUACGACAUUCAAAUGAAUGGAUUUCAAAAGAAAAACUCGUCCUAUAUCCUCAGUUCAACAAAGAGGCGGGUGACCAGUAUGGCGAAUACAUUCUCAACGCCACCAGGCUAAGACUGAAAUACUACGGGAACAUUUACCAUAUUCUUUGCAACAAACUGAAGGCAGCAUGUUUCGAAUCCAGUCUGUCGUACAAAAAUCAAGAUGCCGUGUACAUCAUUCGCUUUCUGAAAGACCUUGUCAUGCGACGCCACUUGACUGGUGAGAACAUCGACGACUUGCUGCAUUAUUUGUUCUACUUUUGCCACUUCACCCGCAUUCGUCACCACAAACUUGUCAUUGGAGAUCAAAUUCUACGAAGCAUUAGAGAAUUUCUCCACGAUGCUAGGCAACUGAUGACAGUCUAUUUCAAUCCUAGGGUGGUAUACCCUGUCCCAGUCGAUAUUGGCGACAAGGCCAAAACUUGUCUGGGAGAAUGUUUUUCACGACAGCAGCCAGUUGAAAACCAGUGUGGAAUCCAGUAAGGUGUACUCUGUAGCCACAGAUUCUAUUUAUACCAAAAAGGUAUUACGCCAUGGUAUAUAACUGAAAAAUGUGUUAAAGGCUUAGUUUAAGAAAUGCUUGGCAUGGCUAUUGCACUUGUGUCACAGUAGGGGCCAAUUUCCUGUGUAUUUGUUUAUUGGCUCAAGGCCAUUUAGUGUCCAUUUUUAUAUUAAACCAAGACUGCAUAACAGGAUACUCAGUUUGGAGAUCUGAUAAGACAAUUAGGCAAUAAGAUUAAGAUCAAUUAACAGAGGUUGUGUGCAAAACACUUUUUUUUUGGGGGGGGGGAGGGUCACUUAUAGGAUUAAACUAGGCCUAUAGCAUUUUCAAGUCCGAUUUUAUUUUGUACUAUAUCAUACAAAAAUGACUCUGCCCCCAAAAUCGAAUUAAUUUAUUGUAAAUGGCAUUUAGAUAAGAACAUACUUUAAGAGUAACAAAAUAGCCUCUUCUUUGCUAAUGUUCAAACAAAGUUCAAUUUAAGAUAUACGUAUAAUAAAAUGAUGGCAACAAUAAGCUGAAUUUAAUGAUUUGAAAAAAAUAAUCGAAUUUUGUAAAGAAUGAUGGGAUCCAUGCUUUGUAAUCAUGACGUUGGCGUAUGACGUCCACGUCCAUCAACGUAAGUUAGUGUUUUGUACGUUAAGACACAUAUCUUAACGGCUACGGUGAUUUACAAUCUAACGGUUAUUUAACGACAGUGUACAUACUUGGUGUUGUUCAUAAAUACGUUUUAAGCCUAUGUUUAGUUGUUUACGUACAUAUUAGGGUGGGUAAAAGUUACCAUUUUCUAAAAAUAUAUGACUGAUAAAUAUAGGCUUCUGGCAGUUCACGAACAUAUUGGAUGAGUAGAAGUUUACAUUUUCCAAAAAUAUGUGACUGAUUCCUUGGUGGAAGUAAAGCCAUAAGCAUUCUAACCUGAUCAAUGUUGAAGAUUUAUCGUGAGUUCGUGGAAUUAUGAGCAUCUAUCAAAUAAUGCUCAAAUAAAUUGUUAUAGUUUAUUUGUUAAUAUAUUAAAUGUACAUCAUUCUUAAUUCUAAAUGUCGACCAUGUUUUGAAAUGAUUGUUAUGGUCAAAUUGUAACAUUCACAAUGAUUUUAUGAAAUUAUAAAAACAUGUAUCAAUUUAAUUCGAACAUUUCAAUUGUUAAUAUGUAUGUUCAUAAUAUCGUUUUCUUAUUCUUAAUGAGGACCAUGUUUUGAACUGAUUGCUAUGGUAUACUUAAAGUUUAGGUUUCCAUGAUUCAGUGACUAACCCUAGCAUGUAUGGUGAGUUUUCCCAUCGCCCGUCGUCUUUCAACAAUUUCUUCAAACAAAAGUGCCUCCUAAACCGCCUGGCUAAUUUAGAAGAAACUUCACUGGGAUGUUCUUUGGAUGGAACACUUUCAAAAAUGAAUUAGAUGCAGAACAAGGAAAAACUUAAUAAAACUUCUUUACAAAAACCUUGUGGCCUAGAGCAUAGAUAUUUGGUUAGUUACCUAGUCUAGUGGUCCAAUACUAAAUUUGUAAAAAUAACGCCCCUGGAUUCAAAAAUGGCCCCGCCGUGGUGGUCACAAGUUUCGUACAUAGUAAUAUAGGGAAUUUUGGAAAAUCUUGUGUGAAACCGUUAUGCCCAGAUCCUUGAUAUUUUGUAUGUAUCAUCAUAUAGAAAUUCUCUUUCAAGUUUGUUCAAAUCGUGCCCUGGGGUCAAAACUGGCCCGCCACAGGAUUCACAAAUUUCCAACAACUUAUAUAAAAUAUUUUUGUCUGAAACCGCUAGGUCCUUGAUACUUUGUACAUAUAUUUAAAAUCAUACAGAGGUCCUCCACCAAGCUUGUUCAAAUUAUGUCCCUUGGGACAAAACUGGCCCCGCCCUGUGAUCCACACGUUUCUUAUAGACUUGUAUAGGGGAAUCUAAAAACUAUUUUUUUAGACCACAUAUCCAAGACCUUUUAUAUUUGUUAUGUAUCAUCAUACGAUGACCCUCCACCAAAUUUUAUUCAAAUUAUGCCCCUGGAGUCAAAGCUGGCCCCACUUCUUUUGACCUAUCUCUCAUUGUUAAAGCUACAUCAGUGAAAUUUGAACCAUGUGUACAGUUUUGAAAAGUAAUACCAAUGGUGACCUUUGAUAACCUUGAUAAUUAUCUAUUGACAUACAUUUUUAUUUUUGAAAUUUCAACAAUAAAAUUUGAACCAGGUGUAUUAUAUCUUAAAACAUAUGUCAACGUUUCUUCAGGUGAACUAUGUUGUGAACAUUUGUACCUUCUUUCUUAUUUUUGAAGCUACAGCAAUGAAAUUUGGUCCAAGUGUACAGUUUUGUAGACAAAUUCCAAUGUUGUGCUUGGUUGACUAACCACUACAAAAUUUGACAAUCAUUUUACACUCGACCAUAAAAUAAUUUGUUAUUACAUUGCUAUAAACUCAUUUAUUCUCAUAAACAACACAUGUUAAAAACGUUCACGGGCGUUAAUAGUCGAUCUUGAGGUAUGCCCUCUAUUUGACUGAAAUAAAAACUAAAUUACA